UCUCUGUUUUAAUUCAUUAAUGAAAAAAAAAACUUAUUUUUCUUUGAACUUAAAUUGGAUAUUUUAAUUUGUUACAUGUAACAGUAUUUAAUUUUCGAGUCAUUAUUUAUUUUUUAUCACUGCGUCAUGUCGAAUAAUUGAAGUAGCCGCUGGAAGUUUUAGUAAAUCAGUUAAACAUAUUUACUAAUAUUCAUGGAUAAAAUGUCAACAAACUCUAACGUAGAUUGUAUUGCUCCUCCCAGUACGGAUUUUGGUGCGCCGCCUCCUUAUGAAGUUGAUGACAGCAACCAAAACUUUUAUUACGAAGAAAACGGGAGACAGACACGUUUACCAACAUAUGAAGAUGUUGAAAGAGAAAAAACUUUAUGCGGGGAAUCGCCUUUGCAACUAACUUCAACUUUACCCGAUGGAAACCAUCCAAUGCAACCCAGUUCGAAUUGUGAGCCUAUAAGUACAACCCCAACACAACCAUCUUUAGCUUUUAUAGGGAUUGAUCUCACUGAUGCCGUAAAUUUGACGGGAGACAACAGUUUGCUGGGUACAGAUGUAGUAUUUGUAAUUGCUUUUGUUACAUCAUUUUUAUUUAAUUGGAUUGGAUUUCUGAUGAUGACUUGCUUUUGCCAUACUAUUGCGGCUCGUAACGGUGCACUUUCAGGAUUUGGAUUAUCUUUGGCGAAAUGGACAUUAAUUGUAAAAAAUUCUACAGAUCUCGCACCACAUGCGAAUUCCUGGUUAUGGUGGCUUAUAAUGGCAUUUGGUUUUAUUAUAUGUAUACGGGCCUUUCUGCAAUAUAUAAGCAUAAAAAAAACUUGGCGAAUGUUAAGUGUAUCAGAUCAAGAGCGUUUGCUAUAUUUUUAUUAAAUAAGAAAUAUACAUACAUAUAUUUUUCCAUUAUAUACGUUUUGGUAUGUAUGUAGAUUUAUUUCAUUGUAGCUACCGAUUAUUCCAUUGCAUUGUGCGUAUUAAUAAAUCAUAUUUUGAGUGUGAAGUUUAAAAAAGGAUUUACUUCGACAUCCAUAAUAACGUAUUGUAUAUUGAAUAAUUAUGGUUUAAUAAUUUCGUUGAAUUCAAAUAAAAAAGUGUCGAACAAGUUAUUAUGUUAAACUAAAUUGAAAAGUUUUAGUCGUUUUUCUGGAAUACGAUGUAUUAUAAAAAGUGAGAAAAAUAAUAUGUUAUAUUCAAUGAAUCGAAAAAAUAAAUUUUUGUAAGAAAUAAAGAUAGAUUACCAAGAGUGAAGAAACAUUGUUGUGGUUGAAUAUCACAUUAGUUUUUCCAGAGACUUGAACUGUUACAUAACAAAUAAAAUCUAAAAGUUGACGAAAUUAUAUCGGAUGAAUUAUGCGGGAAGUUUCUUAAUUUAAGUAAAAUUUUAAUUGCGUAGUGUAAAUUAUUGUAAUAUUUAUGAUUUUUAAUGGAAAAUAAAAAUGCAUGUUGACCCUGA